UCGCUCUUCGGACUCCGCCCGGAGCCAACCCGGGGGCUGCCCGGCUCCCGCGUCGGUCAGAUCCCUGUUCAUGGCGAUCCGGGGACCCGCGCCCCGGCCUGGCUGCAGACCCAGGUUAGGUCUGCAAUUUCUCCAGCGGUUCCUGCAGAUACAGACAGUUUUAUUUCCCUCUUGGUCAUCACAGAAUGCCUUGAUGUUCCUGACCCUUUUGUGUGUGGCCCUACUGGAACAACUGGUGAUCUACCGGGUUGGCUUGAUCCCCAGUCAGUACUUUGGAGUCCUAGGAAACAAAGACUUGAAUGGAUUUAAGACCCUGACGUUCCUGUCUGUCGUGCUGAUCGUCCUCAACUCCGUGCUCAAGAGCUUCGACCAGUUCAUCUGCAACCUGCUGUAUGUGAGCUGGAGGAAGGACCUCACUGAGCACCUCCACCGCCUCUACUUCCGGGGCCGCGUGUACUACACCCUCAAUGUGCUGCGGGAUGACGUCGAUAACCCGGACCAGCGCAUCAGCCAGGAUGUGGAGCGGUUCUGUCGGCAACUCAGCAGCAUGGCCAGCAAGCUGAUCAUCUCCCCCUUCACCCUCGUCUACUACACCUACCAGUGCUUCCGGAGCACCAGCUGGCUCGGGCCUGUGAGCAUCUUCGGGUAUUUCAUCCUGGGAACCGUGGUGAACAGAGUGUUGAUGGGUCCCAUUGUGGCAAAGCUGGUGCAGCAGGAGAAGCUGGAGGGGGAUUUCAGGUUCAAGCACAUGCAGAUCCGGGUGAAUGCUGAGCCUGCUGCUUUUUUCAGGGCUGGGCACGUGGAGCACAUGAGGACAGACCGCAGGCUGCAGCGACUCCUUCAGACCCAGAGGGAGCUGAUGUCCAAGGAACUCUGGCUGUACAUCGGCAUCAACAUGUUUGACUAUCUGGGCAGCAUCCUGAGCUACGUCGUGAUCGCGAUCCCCAUUUUCAGUGGCAUCUAUGGAGAUCUGAGCCCCACGGAGCUCAGCAGCCUGGUCAGCAAGAAUGCCUUCGUGUGCAUGUAUCUCAUCAGCUGCUUCAGCCAGCUCAUCGACCUCUCCACCACACUCUCCGACGUGGCGGGCUACACACACAGGAUCGGGGAGCUUCAGGAGACCCUGCUGAACAUGACCCCAAAGUCACAGGAUGGGGAGAUUCUGGAUGAGAGCCAGUGGGACUUGGCCAGGGACCCGGGAGGGCCAGCGACAGAGCCAGCAGAUACAGCUUUCCUCCUCGAGCGGGUCUGCAUCUGCGCUCCCUCUUCUCACAAACCCUUAAUCAAGGACCUGAGCCUGAAGAUCUCUGAGGGGCAGAGCCUGCUCAUCACAGGCAACACGGGCACCGGCAAGACCUCCUUGCUCCGGGUUCUGGGCGGCCUCUGGGCAAGCGCACGGGGCUCAGUGCAGAUGCUGGCAGACUUUGGACCCCACGGGGUGCUGUUCCUGCCCCAAAAGCCUUUCUUCACUGACGGGACCCUUCGGGAGCAGGUGAUAUAUCCCCUGAAAGAGAUCUACCCAGACUCAGGUUCUACCGAUGAUGAGAGGAUCAUGAGGUUCUUGGAGCUGGCAGGCCUGUCCAGCUUGGUGGCAAGGACAGAAGGUCUGGACCAGCAGGUCGAUUGGAACUGGUAUGAUGUUCUGUCCCCGGGAGAGAUGCAGAGGCUCUCCUUUGCCCGGCUCUUCUACCUGCAGCCAAAGUACGCAGUGCUUGAUGAAGCUACCAGUGCCCUGACCGAGGAGGUGGAGAGCGAGCUGUACCGCAUCGGCCAGCAGCUGGGCAUGACAUUCAUCAGCGUGGGCCAUCGGCGCAGCCUCGAGAAGUUUCACUCCUUGCUUCUGAGACUCUGUGGAGACGGAAGGUGGGAGCUGACCAGAAUCAAAGUGGAAUGAAACCAAGGCUGGGCACUGGAAGGAGAGCCAGGCUCGGGAGGUCGUGUCCCCAGGAGAGACCAGGAGGGCUGACGGGCGAGGAAGGAGCCCCAGGUUUGCCUCGCAGUGUGGGGAACGCUGGCGGCAGUGGGCUCAGCCCACAUGUGAGCCUCCACACCACUCAUCCUGCCAGCAUGCCUCCUGCUACCUCAGACACCGCUUUGUACACUUGAAAUGCUGAUCACUUACGUAUAACCUCAGAUCGUGUUUUCUAAAGAAAACGUGGAAGUGUGGGAUCUAUAAGAGAUGAAGGGUCGAAAUGGAAGAGUGUAUUGGACUUGGGAGUCAAGCAAUCCGGAAGUCUUUCAAAUAACAUCAAUUUUUGCAUAGGAGAUUUUAAACUUUAAUCAGCUAUAUAAAUUUUAUAACUUUUUUAAAAGAAAAGAUAAACUUUUUUUUCAACUUG